AUGUUAGAUGUAAAAAGAAAUGCUUUGCUCAAUAAUGUUAGUUGGAACAUCAUGCUUGACUCCAAAGGGUUCAGAACUAGUUUGCUUCAAUUUAUCAUUGCAUUCUCCUUGUUAUGGGUACCUCCAACUCUUCAUACACAACAUACAAAGCACUAUACAGUCAUUAGUGAUUCUCUUCUUGUUACGACAGCAGCAAGAGAUGAAAACUAUUCUGAUAGGAGAAGGAAAUAA